AUGUUGAUUUAUUAUAAUGAAGAAUUAACAUUUAACCAAUUUAUACAAUAUAUUAUAAUAAAUAAUGAACAAAAGAAAGGGUAUAUAUUAAUAUCAGAUGAAAGACUUUACAACGAGAAGUUGAAAUUGGAUAGACAACCUGUUAAUAUUAUUAAGAAUAUUUACAAUUUUCAACUUGUUUUAAUCGAAUCAUGGAAAGAAAUGUAUCAAUUAUUAGAUAUAAUUGAUACAGACUCGUUCAUUGGUAUCUAUGGUAUAUUUAAACAUUUUAUAGAAGAUGGUAUGAAUGAUCAUCAUGAAUUUGUUAAAUAUUAUGAAUUUUGCGGGUAUGAACUAAACAAAUUAUUUCAUAAAUUAUUUAAGAAACACAUUGAUUUAGGUGUUAAAGUUAUUGUUAAUGAUUCAAUUGGUAAUAAUGAAGAUAAUGAACCGUUAAUUUGGAAUUUCCAUAUACCAAAUAUCCGUAAAGAACAAGAAUUAAAACCAGAUGAUUUUGAAAUAUCAUUAAGAGUUUUAUUUAUUAAAUGGUUCGAGCUUAUACAAUCUUGA